UCAUGGUAGCCAGUAACUUGCCUUGAAAGGUAUCUAUGUUCCCCAUUCUGCAAAAUGUUUGAUUGUGGUUACAAGUCACAAUACAUUGGUGGCCAGAAGGAAAAAUUUGUGAGGUUGGAUGAUUUUGAUUCGUUAUCAGUGACUUCUAGCAAUAAAGGAAUGAAGAAACUGAGAUUUAAUGUAGACGGUUUCAACAUAAGUACUGGACAUGAGAAGAAAAAUGCAUCAAAAUCUUUUAGACAUGGGAUGAAAAAAGGAUCAAAAGGAUUGGUGACAAUUGGACGAUCACUUAAAACUGGAGUCGCUCGUGCAGUAUUUCUAGAGGACCUUAAGGUGUCUGAGAAGAUGAUUUUUGACCCUCAACACAAAUCUCUUCUGUUAUGGAAUAGGCUUUUGGUCAUGUCAUGCAUUUUAUCAGUAUCCAUUGAUCCUUUGUUUUUUUACCUUCCUGUCUUCAACUAUCAAAUGACUUGUCUGGGUAUGGAUACAAAGUUAGCAGCAGCAAUUACAACUAUGAGGACGACACUUGAUGUUUUCUAUCUGAUUCGCAUUGCUCUUCAGUUUCGAACAGCCUAUGUUGCACCAUCAUCACGGGUUUUCGGACGAGGUGAACUUGUGAUUGAUCCGGCACAGAUAGCCUCCCGGUAUUUAAGCCGCUAUUUUAUUGUUGAUCUUCUCUCUGUGCUACCUCUGCCACAGAUAGUGGUAUGGAAAUAUCUUACUAAUAAAAAGAAGGGCUCGGAGGUGUUAGCUACGAAGCAGGCGUUGCUAAUUAUUGUUUUUUCUCAAUACAUCCCAAGGUUUGGUCGCUUUUUUCCUUUGACUUCAGACCUGAAAAAGAGUGCUGGUUCCUUUGCUGAGAGUGCUUUAGCCGGUGCUGCGUACUAUCUACUUUGGUACUUGCUUGCAAGUCAUAUAGCAGGGGCUUUCUGGUAUUUGCUAGCCAUUGAACGUAAAGGCACUUGCUGGAGAGAAGCUUGCAGGCUAAGUGGGAAAUGUAACGUAGACUUCUUGUACUGUGGCAAUAAAUUACUGCGAGGUUACCAUGAUUGGCGAAGGAUAAGUGAUAAAGUUCUUGGAAACAAAUGUGAUGUCGACAAAGAUGAUAAUUCACGAUUUAAUUAUGGAAUCUAUUUCCAGGCCAUGUCCUCAGACAUUGUGUCAUCCAGGAAGUUUGUCUCCAAAUUCUUUUACUGUUUAUGGUGGGGCCUGCAAAAUUUGAGUACUCUUGGCCAGGGUCUCCAAACAAGCACCUAUCCUUUGGAAGUUAUCUUUUCCAUACUGUUAGCUAUUUCUGGGCUUAUCCUCUUUGCACUUCUGAUUGGAAAUAUGCAGACCUACCUUCAGUCUCUUAGUGUUCGUUUAGAGGAGAUGAGGAUCAAAAGGCGUGAUUCUGAGCAGUGGAUGCAUCAUCGCUUGCUUCCACAUGAUCUUAGAGAGCGAGUUAGGAAAUAUGAUCAGUACAAAUGGUUCGAAACUCGUGGAGUGGAUGAAGAGAAUUUGGUCCAGAAUCUACCGAAAGAUCUAAGAAGGGAUAUCAAGAGGCAUCUCUGUCUGAAUUUGGUCAGAAGAGUCCCUCUAUUUGCCAAUAUGGAUGAAAGAUUGUUGGAUGCCAUUUGCGAGAGACUGAAGCCAAGUUUGUAUACAGAGGAGACUUACAUAGUCCGUGAAGGGGAUCCAGUUGACAAGAUGCUUUUCAUCAUUCGCGGACGCUUAGAGAGUGUAACUACAGAUGGCGGAAGGAGUGGGUUUUUCAACCGAGGUGUAUUGAAAGAAGGGGACUUUUGUGGUGAGGAGCUUCUGACUUGGGCACUAGACCCUAAAUCUCUUGGCAAUUUGCCAUUAUCAACUAGAACAGUGGGGGCAUUGACUGAGGUGGAGGCUUUUGCCUUGGAAGCUGAAGAGCUGAAGUUUGUUGCAUCUCAAUUUAGGCGUCUUCAUAGUAGGCAGGUGCAACACACCUUCCGCUUCUACUCUCAGCAAUGGAGGACUUGGGCUGCCUGCUUUAUCCAAACUGCUUGGCGACGGUAUUCCAGGAGGAAAGCAGCAGAACUUCGCCGCCUAGAAGAAGAGGAGGAGGAGGAUGUAGACUAUGAUGAAGAAGAUGAAGAUGAUGGCGAUGAUGAUGAUGAUGAUGAUGAAAGGGCAUUGGUUGGAGAACUUGGCUCUGCCAGACUACGUGCAACAAUCUUCGCUUCUCGCUUUGCUGCCAAUGCUCUUCGUGGACACAAGCUUCGCGGCUCGAAUUCCAGAGGCCUGAAGAAGCUGCAGAAGCCCCCAGAACCGGACUUCAAUGAAGAGUGAUUAGUGAAGUAGGGAUGGUUCUAUCUGUCUGAAUAUUCUUAUAUAUAUUGGUUAAUUGGAAAGUAGAGAGCAUCAUUUCAACCAAACUGUGUUUUGUUUUAUAUUGUUUAGCUGUGUCCUACAAACUAGUUGUGGUGGACCUUAAAUAAGGUUAGGUUUAUUAACAUGAGGAUUCCUUUGUAAAUUA